AAGUGUGUGUGUGUGAAAGAGAUUAUGCUGCAGGGAUUCCUAGCUUUCCCCUAGAGUUGGAAAUCUCAGCGCCUGCUGAACAGCGGCAAACCGGGACAGGAUGUAAGAACAACUUUUCUACAUUCUGCCUUUGGAAAGAUGCUGCCCCGAACGUGACAAUGCAAACUGGUGCAAGGAUUCAAUGUGUGCAAGGUGCGACACUGUAAAAUGACCCUUGCAGAGGAAGCUCAGCGGAGGAGCCUGCCAGAUAUGCAUUUGGAGAAUAAUGUUAUCGCAAUAGGACUAUGAAGAGAGGAACAGCGGAUGCAUUGGACGGACUGAGUUGGAGUUGUUCCAGCGAUUGGGGAUGCCGUGGAGAAUAACCUCGAGCUGCCCCACCACCGACACGCCAUCCAGCCGCAGACAAGAUGGGGAGUGUGAGCAGCCUCAUCUCGGGGGGAAGUCUCCAUGACAAACACUGCAAAGCCUUCGAGUCCAGGGGCAAGAAACCGUCGCACCUCCAGAAGUUUAUCCGGCAGCAGGACGGGCUGCUGAAGUUUGGCGGCGGCCACGAGCCCAUCGGCAACGGCUCCCGGUGUGAGACGACCGAGGACUUUUUCUACAUCAGCAUCAGCCAAAGCAACGGACUGACAGCCACGGGCAAGCGGAAGAGCCGUGCCUCUGGCCCAGGGCCUCAGAAAGACGUACCCAUCAACAUGGAUGUUAAAGGCCCUCCACCAACACUGGUACCUGUCUCCGGCCAUCUAGAGCAGGGCAGCAAAAGGAGCAUUGUCAGGCCGACAGCAGUUAAGGCUGUGGUGCCCAGAAAUGGCGCCCAUCUCAACGGUCCUUUGGGGAACCAGAUGGAGGCGAAACUUGCGUGUCAGGGAAGCGUCCCGAAUCCGGGAAACCCCGCAGGGAAACAGCAGGGACGAGAGCAGAAGCAGACGAGCAGCUCGGGAACAUUGUCGGACUCAGGUAGGAAUUCCAUGUCCAGCCUCCCGACGCACAGCACCGGAUGCAGCCGGGGGCCGGAGCCCACUGGAGCCGCCACCACCCUUCGUAAAAGGUUUGGAGGUUCAGCCCAACACAUUGGUUCCGUUGGAGGCAUCUUGAGAAAUGGCGGCAUCGUGCCCACCUCUGAAGGUGGGCACUGCCCUGGCAACAAAGACCUGAGCUCCACCCACUGCAGCUCGCGCCUCCACUCAGCCCCUUCCGCCAGCAGAUCUGCGGCUCGGGAUCCAGUGGUGGACCCGGCAGGGAGAGGAGGUCAGGAGUCCCUGGACAAUGGGAAGGAGAGACACUGCGGGCAGGGGCCAGGCAGCCCGGAGCGGAGGGAGGGCGUUAACACUACCCACUCCUCUCACACGGAGCACGGAGAAUGCCAGCUCCUCCAGAUCCAAGUCAGCCAACUCCAACAAGAGAAGCAGCAACUGAGGGACAACUUUGCCCAACUACUACAGCAGUGCAACAGCCUCAAAGCCAAAUGCAAAACCUACGAACGAGAACAAACGGAACUCGGCCCAACGCUCGAAGAAAUUAAAUGGGAGGUCUGCCAGAAGUCUGGGGUGAUCUCUCUUCUAAAGCAGCAGCUGAAGGACUCGCAGACGGAGCUGGCCAACAAGACCAACGAGGUGCUGACCCUCAGGAACCAGGCGAGGGAGGCGAGAGGGAAGCUGUCCUCUCGAGAGCAGCGGGUCGAGGAGCUGCAGGGCGCAGUGCAGGCCAAGGCGAGGGAGCUGGAGGUGUGCGAGAACGAGCUGCAGCGCAUGAGGAAUGCGGCUGAGUUACUGCGGGAGAAGGUCGGCCUGCAGGAGCAGAGGAUCCGCGAACUGAAACGCAACUCGGUGAGCUGGAAGGAAGCGAGCUAUGCAGGCGAGAAUGACAGCCGGCCUGAACCGGCCCUGUCCCUGCGACAGGGCCAGCAAGGGACAGCGAACCUGCAGGGACAAGUGGACAAGUUAAAAGCCCAACUGGAGCAGGAGAAGCAGAGGAACCAGGCGCUGUCCCUCGACUCUCAGAAGGAACGGCUGCUGUGGUGUGCAGAGAAGGAGCGGGUGAUUGAAUACCAGAAGCAGCUCCAGCAGAACUACCUACGCACUCGCCGCCAGAACCUCAGCCUGGAGAGGACUGUCCAGCAGCUCUCAGCCCAGCUGGAGGCCAGAGAUUCUGUGGAGAGAGUGGGACAAGGUGCUGACUCGUUUGAGGUGAUAGUUGCCACUGCGAUUUGACAACUGAAAUGCCUUUCAGCAAGCAUGGUAUUGACUGGCAACAGCAAGAAAGCCAACGAGUUCAAAGUUGGGAGUAUGGAGAAAUGGCUGUUGCAAAAGGUCAGUUUACUCAGAAAACAAGAGACACAAAAAGCUGGAGUAACUCAGACUGAAGUAGGGUAUCAACAUGAGACA